GUCCCGACCAACAAUACCUUGUGCAGCAUCCCUGUCUCGUCACUCCAAUCUCCUCCUCGAACCAGACACACACCCACACACACACCCAAGAGCAGCGAUCGUCUUGAAAGAAGUUCAUCUAUAGAUUGACCAUCCAUCUAAUCCACCAUGUCUUUUGUGUUCAUUGUUACGAUGAUGCUUCUCGGUUCUUCAGUGGUGACUGCAUUUGUCUUGCAGCCAUCCAAGGAUAAACCUACAACCUCUCCUGUUUCCUAUGACAGGUGCCAUGGUGAGUCAUUGCAGUCCAUCAGGAAGGGUCUCCUCAGGGGUCUUAACCUGCAGACUGAGCCACGUUUGCCUGUUGGUGGGCUGGACAGAGUCAGAGAGCAAUGGAAGAGCACAUUCCACACCAUUUCUCAAAGUGCCAAGGACACCGCAGUUCCUGUGGUCUCUGGUGAUUCUGUCUCAGCUGACGGUGGGAACAGUACCGGCCUGAGGUGCUGUCCUAUGGCCUCUGAGAUCUUCAUGUCAGAGCUGGGGUGGGACAGCUGGGUGAUCCAUCCUGCCAGCCUUUCCAUUGUGCAGUGUGCACUCUGCAACCCCGAACAGAACACCGUGCAGUGUCCAUCAUCCCAUACCGAUGCCCAUGAUGCCGACUCACAGACCCUGGUGCCAUGUUGCCAACCCACCUCCCAGGAAAUGGUUCCCAUUGUUUACAUGGAUGAAUCCAACAGCCUUGUAAUUUCCUCCGUGCAAGUGACCCGCAGCUGUGGCUGUGGCCUUGGAAACAUCCAGGAGCUCAGCGAAGAGUAAAGUUUGUUUUAUUGUUUUCAGUUUAUGACAUCUGUGAGAUAACAUCGUUCUGCGCAGGCCUAUCUUCUCACACAUGCUGCUUUCGUAGACUAAUUCUUCUGAAUUUAAUGUGUUAUCUUGGCUCAUUACAAUGUAUCAACACUGAAAAAAACUCUCAGUUUAGUAUUCAUGUUUUUCUACUGUAAUCAAAAAGAAUGAUACAAGUGGCCACACAGAUUUGUUGAGAAAACAACCAAAAAGUGACAAAACUGAUUAGAUAAUCAGACUCACACUGUCAAAUUACAGUCUAUAUUUGUGUGCUGUUUUGUAUUUUGUACCAUCCAUCAAGCUUAGUUUAAUUUUGUGGGACAAUAAAACUGCUUUUCUGUAGUAAAAUCUCUAAAUUAGAAAUUGUCAAGCAACAACUGUUAGUUGCAAGUGUCAGCUACACUGCAUGUAAUUGUCUCUGUGCUGCCAAUUUAUCUUUAAAUGAGUAUUAUUCAUAGCUGUUUAUUGUUACUGACUGUUCUGUCCAAAAAUGUGAGAAUGUCCAGAGCCAAAUCCUCCUGGAGGCCAGUUGUCUUUUUGCCAAUCUGUGUAAAAGAAUUUUGUUUGAUCUCAGCAACAAAAAUAGCACAAAUAAAAAAAGUCUAUGUGGUGAAAACCUGAAAAUGGUAGACCAAAAUCAAAACUCAAAUGAUUCUGCUAACAGGUCAUUUCUGUGUAGCUGAAACUUAACAUGGCUUAUUGCUCUGACUUUCAUAUACUCUGUUACAAGCACUGGUGGAAGAACUCAGACCUUUUAGUUGAGUAAAAGUACCAAGACAAUAAUGUAAAAAUACUCCAGCACAAGUAAACAUCCUGCAUUUAGAUACAGUAUAUACAAAAAGGAACUGAUCUUUCUGGAAGAAGUAACAAAACAUAAAGUUUGAGAAACACCGUUUUAAUCUUUAACAACAGAUUAUAUUUUAUAAGUGUAUUUGGUUUUGUAAGGUAAAGUCUUAAUUUGCAAAGAAAAUAAAUGUGGUAACAAUCUACGUUUCCUCCACAGAUGUAGUGAAGUAGAAGUGGAAAAAAUCCUAAUAUGGUUUUACCUGAGCAAAGUGCAACGUUACCUUAAGUACAGUGCCUGAGGAAAUGUACUUAAUUAUUUGUCCCUGCUGCUGAUGAACCACAUUGUUUCAAUGACUGAAAUGUUCCUU